UUUCGAUAAGAGGAUCGCGAUCGUCACUUGUUCUCGCCAGUGUGACGUCAGUUUCCUCCGUCUAUUGUAAGCGAAUGAAAGAGGUUUUCUCCGAGUUCUGUCACAGCGGAGAUGGACACUGAACCACUUUUGGACGAUAGUCUAGAUUCAGUUGAGGCACCCAUGACGGUGAUCUACGACAACAACAUAUCCCCCAUGAGUGUCACGACAAGUGUUGGCAUUCGGAGUGGUGACGGUGGCAGCGACAAUGAGGAGUCAGAACCCAUGACAACCAUACCCCUGACACAAGGUUCAGGGGGUGUGGGGGAGGGGGAGGGGGCCGGCGGAAGAAAGAGUCCACAGCUCAGUACAAUAAUGAGCGGGAGAUGUGUCUACAGUAUUUUGAGAAGUGGAGCGAGCAGGACCAAUUGGAGUUCAUGGAGCACCUCCUGUCCAGAAUGUGCCACUACCAGCAUGGACACAUCAACGCCUUCCUAAAGCCUAUGCUCCAGAGAGAUUUUAUUACGCUCUUGCCAAAAAAGGGUCUAGAUCAUGUAGCAGAAAAAAUCUUAGGAUAUUUAGAUGCCAAAUCCUUGCGAGAAGCGGAGUUGGUUUGUAAAGAAUGGCACAGGGUAAUUGCAGAUGGACUACUAUGGAAAAAAUUGAUAGAGAGAAAAGUACGCACAGAUCCUCUAUGGAGAGGGCUCUCAGAACGAAAGGGGUGGGGUAUGUAUCUUUUCAAACCACGGCCAGGAGAACAACAUCCUGGUCACUCUUAUUAUCGAAAGUUAUAUCCUAAAAUUAUUCAGGAUAUUCAAACCAUAGAAAAUAAUUGGAGAAUGGGUAGACAUAAUUUGCAAAGGAUAAAUUGUCGCUCAGAGAACUCCAAAGGUGUCUACUGUUUACAAUAUGAUGACCAGAAAAUUGUUUCUGGUCUUCGAGAUAACACCAUCAAAAUUUGGGAUCGAACUUCGCUGCAGUGUUACAAGGUACGAGGGGUGUUGACGGGUCACACAGGGUCAGUGUUAUGCCUCCAGUACGAUGAGAGGGUGAUCAUUAGCGGGUCGUCAGAUUCCACAGUCAGAGUGUGGGAUGUGAACACAGGCGAGAUGACCAAUACGCUCAUCCACCACUGUGAGGCAGUACUUCACUUACGCUUUAACAAUGGAAUGAUGGUCACUUGCUCAAAGGACCGUUCCAUUGCUGUCUGGGAUAUGGUAUCUCCGGCAGAAAUCAACCUCAGACGGGUGCUAGUGGGUCACCGGGCAGCAGUUAAUGUUGUUGAUUUUGAUGAGAAAUAUAUUGUCAGUGCAUCUGGUGACAGAACAAUCAAGGUUUGGAGCACAGGAACCUGUGAAUUUGUGCGGACGCUAAAUGGUCACAAGAGGGGCAUUGCAUGUCUGCAGUAUCGUGAUAGACUUGUAGUCAGUGGCUCUUCAGAUAAUACAAUAAGGCUGUGGGACAUUGAAUGUGGUGCAUGUUUAAGAAUUCUAGAAGGGCAUGAAGAACUUGUACGAUGCAUUCGCUUUGACAACAAGAGGAUCGUAUCAGGAGCAUAUGAUGGGAAAAUCAAGGUUUGGGACCUCCAAGCAGCACUGGAUCUUCGAGUGCCAGCUGGAACCUUAUGUCUUCGAACUCUUGUGGGGGAACAUUCCGGCCGAGUAUUCCGACUCCAGUUUGACGAGUUCCAGAUCGUGUCAUCUUCCCACGAUGACACUAUCCUCAUCUGGGAUUUCCUCAACUGCUCCCCCCCAGAAGCGUCUGGGACUGCCGGUGCUCGAGGGGGAUCACCCACCUGCGACAGAAG